AUUCAAUACAAUUUUGACCACUCCCAAAACCACGCCUACUCCUCCCACGUGCAUAAACAUGUCUGCUUGUGGAACAAUGAGGUUUGAUGAGAUGAAUCUUGAUCCCAGGAUUGUUAAAGCAGUUAGGAAGCUGGGAUGGGGCCAGCCUACACCAAUACAAGAGAAGGCAGUUCCACUGAUAAUGGAAGGAAAGGAUUUGGUUGUAAAAGCUAAGACUGGCUCUGGAAAAACAGCAAGCUAUGCUCUACCACUGAUACAGAAAAUAUUAGAACUGCAAUCAACAAGCAUUAAAGUACCCCCUAGUGUGAAGGCACUAGUACUUGUACCAUCGCAGGAGCUUAGCCUUCAAGCAGCUGCUCAAAUAAAAGAGCUAUGCACCUGCUGUUCAAGGGAUAUAAAAGUUGUAUGUGUGUCACAGAGUAAUGCUGUAUCUAGCCAACGAACUGUACUGUUAGAAUGUCCUGAUGUUGUAGUUGGAACACCAAGCAGGAUAUUAUCACACCUGUCAGGAAAAUCUUUAUUACUGACAGAAUCUCUUCAUUUUGUUAUCUUUGAUGAAGCUGAUCUGUUGUUUAGUUAUGGCUAUGAAGAAGACAUCAAUAAUAUUGUCAGUUUUCUACCUUCACCAAUUCAAUCAAUAUUAAUGUCAGCAACACUUAAUGAGGAUGUGAUAUCUCUCAAGAAAGUUGUGCUGCAUCAGCCAGUUACAAUUAAACUGGAGGAAUCUGAACUGCCUCAAGAUGACAGACUAACACAAUACCACAUACAAUGUUUGGAAGAUGAUAAAUUUCUACUAAUAUAUAGCUUGCUCAAAUUAAAAUUAAUUAGAGGAAAAUCGUUAAUAUUUGUUAACGACAUCACAAGAUGCUACAAAUUGAAACUAUUUCUUGAACAGUUUUUUAUCAAGUCGUGUGUUCUAAAUUCCGAGCUACCUCACAACUCGAGAUGUCAUGUCAUUGAACAAUUUAAUCGUGACAUUUACGAUUACAUAAUUGCUACAGAUGAGUUGGUUGACCACACCCACCAAACAAAAAAGAAAAAGAAAGGACAAGACAAAGAAUAUGGAGUAUCGCGUGGAAUUGAUUUUCAAGGUGUUGUUAAUGUAGUCAACUUUGAUUUCCCUCCAAAUUCCAAGGCCUACAUACACAGAGUUGGCAGAACUGCGAGAGGCAAUGACUAUGGGACUGCCCUGACGUUCGUGUCGCCAUCCGAAGAGACAAAGUUAACAGAGUUACAGUUAUUAUUAAAAGAACAGAGAGACUUUGAUCAUGAUUUAGUUCAACCGUAUAAAUUUAAAAUGUCCGAAAUUGAAGGAUUUCGGUAUAGAGUACAGGAAGCUGUCCAGGCUGUCACUCAACUUGCCAUAAAAGAGGCACGUUUGAAGGAGAUAAGAUGUGAAAUUUUAUCAUCAAAAAGACUCAAGACUCAUUUUGAGGAUAAUCCGCGGGAUUUGCAAGUGUUGAGACACGACCGAGACUUACUGCCCUCAAGCAAAGUGAAGGAGCAUUUGAAGUACAUUCCACCUUAUCUUGUGCCUAAAGCUUUAAAGAGUUCGGCAGUAGAGGAAAGAGAAGGAAUAGGAGAUGGUAAUAUGAAGAGAAGAAGAGCUCAUAAAGUAAGACAACACAAUAAUCCUUUAAAGACGUUUAAAUUAACAAACGAGACAAAACUGGUCUCAAAGCCAAGCAAAAAGAGAAAGCUCGAAGAAUCCUAAUUAGCUUAAAUCGUAACGUUAUACUGGUUUACUCGUUAUCCUUGAUCUGAUUCUCAGACUCGCUAAUUCUAAUUCUAUUUCUUUUAUUAUGUGUUAUUUGCUAACGUGUAACUUGAUGUGGCCUUCUAAUAAAAAACAAUGUCUCGUCGUUACCUCUGGCA